AUGUUCUCCACAUCCCUGCUACUGGCCCUCGGCGCCUCUGCCGUUGCGGCUCUCCCGCACGACAGCAGAUCGCCGUCAUCAGGCACAGUUCAGUGUCCUGUGGUUCUCGAGGGCCGCAUUCCCGCCUCAGCCGCCCUCACGGACUUCGACGUCGAUAACGACCUGUUCAACUCCGGCUAUGUCAAGGGUAACAACUUGACCUGGAGCGACAUCCUCCAAUUCCCGGAGAUCGCCAACUCCCGAUUCGACAACGCCUCCUACAAGUCCGUCGAGGUCACCAUCAGCGACGAGUCCAUCUUCCAGAAGCAGUACGGCUUCCGCCGCGCGGGACUGCUUUUCGUCAACGACACCAACGAGGGCAGCCUGGGCUACCAGGGCCUCAGGACGCUGCACUGGAGCGUCAAGCAGGACUCUGCCCGCGCCCUCAACCUGAGCCACGAGUACCUCAACGUCUGGCACGAGUCUGCAGACUACUCGGGUGACCAGUUCAUGUUCCAGACCGGCCAAAUGAUCGCCUAUCCUGACAUGCCGGCCGACACCUUCAAGUUCUUCGAUCGCAACGCCACGCUGCUAUGGUCCACCCCCAUUGAUUUCUCCGAGUGGCAAAACUUUGCCAUCACCCUGGACAUCGAUUCAAAUCUCGUCCAAAUCUACUACUCCCUGGGCGAUGCCGCCCUAGAAGCAGUCACUGAAUUCGUGCCUGCGGUCCUGUCGGGUGAAGGUCAGUUCCAGCUGGGCAUAAUCAAGAAGCCCACAGGUACCGAUGAUGUCGUCAACAGCGGGUUCCAGGAGUCUCCGCUUAACGAGGGCCAAAUUUAUGGCGGCAUCUUCGUCGAGGACAGCACUGGCGGCUGCGUGUCGCUCUAA